UUUCACACCAAAAAGAAAGCUCUCUAUUUCGGCGAUUUAGGGUUUACUCGUCUCUGCGAAAAUGGCUGAAUCUCCUGGAAAAAGGUAUUCACGCUCUCCUUCUCCUUGGGAAGAAAAGGUAAGAUCUAGAUCUAGGUCAAGGUCUAGAUCCCGGUCUAGGUCAUGGUCGAGGCCAAGAGAAAGGUCCAGAUCAAGGUCGAGAAGUCGUGGGAGGCCGGCUGAACCUUCUAAUCCUGGCAACACACUUUACGUGACUGGUUUGUCCACAAGGGUGACACAGAGGGACCUUGAGGAGCAUUUCUCAAAGGAGGGAAAGGUAAAAUCAUGUUUUUUGGUUGUGGAACCGCGUUCUCGUAUCUCUCGUGGUUUUGCUUUUAUAACAAUGGAUAGUCUUGAGGAUUCCGAGCGCUGCAUUAAGCACCUAAAUCAGUCUGUCCUUGAAGGCCGCUACAUAACAGUGGAAAAGUCUCGGAGGAAACGUGCGAGGACUCCAACGCCUGGUCAUUAUCUAGGGCUCAAGAAUGCAAGGGGUGAUGCCCGUGAUGGUUACCGUGGUGGCGAUCGUGGCGACCGUGGUGACCGUGGAAGGUAUCGCGGCCGUGAUGACUAUGGGUACCGAAGAUCUCCAAGGCGUUCGCCACCGCCUUAUCGAGGUGGUCGAGAUUAUUCCCCUAGGCGCUCGCCUUAUGGGGGAAGGUCAAGAAGGGAACGAUCCAGGUCAUAUUCUCCUUAUGAAAGGAACUAUGCUCGUGGUGGUAGAUAGGAGGGCAUCUGGUUGCCCUACUUACUAGGGAAAACUGCUUGUAAGGAUCUUUAUGAGUUUGGUUGGACUAGGAAAUAGGUCUUAUGGUACUAAUUAAUGAAUGUAUGUGUGCUUCUGCGCCUGAUGCUCGUGUGUAGCUGAAUUUCUAAAUUGUACUGCUGAUGUACUAUGUGUGUUUUGCAAUGCCAUAUUUUUGGCAGUG